ACCCUGGCAUAGCGUAUAGUAAAUUGCUUUGCUUUUUUAAACUGAAGCAGAAGAUUUUAAAAGCUUUUAAAAGCAACCAUGUCUGGUAAGGGCUUCCAGGGUUUUAAACAACAUGCAGAAGGGGAGGUCCAGGAUGCUGCAAAUGCGCUGGGAAAGUCUGCACAGCACGUAGUGAACCAGGCUACAGAUGCGGGUCAGAAAGCUAUUGAUCAGGCUUGCAAGACUGCUCAAGAUGGUGUAGAAAAAACAACUGGACAAGCAUCAGAAGCCGUGUCUGGCCUUGGAAAAAAAAUUGGACUUAAGAAAUGAUGAUAAUUUAAACAGAGUGUGAGAUGUUGUAAAAUCAAUGUUUGCACUGCAAUUCAGUAAUCAUUUCUGUAGAAAUAUGAACGCUGUUUUAGAUUUGCAUCAUUUACUGUGCUUAGCUUUAUGCCAUAUGCAGAAUGCUCACCCACCAAAUAGUUUUUAAAAAAAUCUUGUAUGCUCUAGUCAUAAUCUCCCAUUCAGCAUUAAUCACAAAAGUUUCCGCAGUGACUAAGGCAUUGUCUGUCUCAUACAGUGAUGUAAAGGUUGUUGAUACAUUAGUUCAAUGUACCUAAGAAUUUAAAUUAUGAAACUAUUAACACUCCUGCCAUUACAUAGGUAAUAAACAGCAGAAGAUUUACCUAUGACAUUCAUGUUUUUUUUCCCCAGCCAGAGCUAAGUUGUUGUUACAUUUCAAGCCAAAUGUUCAUUUAUUCUAAAAUUUUAAAAUAAUGGAUAAGGGAAUAAGAAAAACAUAUGAUAAAAUUUCUUUCACAAAGGAAAAAUAACAUAUCACCUAUAAGUACACUGGUUAAUUAUAUAGUGCUCUCCACCAAAGGAUCUCAAAAUGUUUUGCAAACCUCUCUGACCCUGAUCCAAAAUCCAUUGAGCGGGCUAAGUAUCAAACACAUUUUACAGAUAGACAAUUCAGCCUCUGUGACUCAGUUAGCCUAAGGCCACAGAGGAACUCAGUGGAAAGGUCUGGAACAGAAUAGAAGAGUCCUGGUACCUAGUUCUCUGUUCUAACACGGCUUGCCUCAUUUAUUGUUAUAUUGUGCACCUGUCAUAGUGCCUGGUCCUACUGCCAUUGGAGUCAAUGGCAAACCUCCCAUUGACUUCAAUGGGAGCGAGCAGGAUCAGACGGGCAUUCUCCAGGCACACUAUAUAAUAAUUUCAAAAACACAUACCAACAGUCAGUUCUAGUGAUGCAUCACCAAGGCUGAAAUAACUCUCUUAACUUCUUAUCAAACUGUCUGUACUGGGCUAUCUUGAUUAUCACUUCAAAAGUUUUUUUUCUCUUAAUUAAUUGGCCUCUCAGAGUUGGUAAGACAACUCCCACCUGUUUAUGCUCUCUGUAUGUGUGUAUAUAUAUCUCCUCAAUAUAUGUUCCAUUCUAUAUGCAUCCGAAGAAGUGGGCUGUAGUCCACGAAAGCUUAUGCUCUAAUAAAUUUGUUAGUCUCUAAGGUG